AUGCGCCGGCGGCUGCCGCGUGCCGAAGGUCAGGGGUCGCGGCCGCACAAAAGGCGCCGCUCGUUUGUGGGAAAUUACGGCCGCGGCGCAGCACAGGGGGCCACUUCUGCCGCAGAUUUGGUCCGCGGCGGGUUCCAGCCGCGCCUUCCGACUUCGCUGCCGCCCCCAGGGCAGCAGCAGCAGCCGUCGCCGCUACCACGCCGACAGCCCGUCCCGUUGAUGCCUCCCGCGCAGCUUCAUCCGGGAGCGCCCCAGGUGGUCGCUCCGGCGCCUGCGGUCCCUCUUCAGUCGCCACCGCCUUCGGAGCUGAUGGACGUCGACCCCUCAGCCGGGCCGCCUUCCCAAGCGGUGGCUGUGCAGCCUGUUCUGCAGCCGCUUUCCUUGGGCACCCCCAAGGAGUCUGACACCGCAGCGCCUUGUCCGGCGCCCACUCAGCAGCCGUCGACGCAGCGUCAGGAGACGCUGCCUCUCUUCGUGGGUCCCGACGCCCCGUCGCGUCCAGUACCAGAAGCUGCGCCCGUGGUCACAGAUCAGAGGAAGCUGCUGGCCUCUACUGUACAGCGAGGCUCGCAGCCGACGGCACCAGGGCGCGCUUAUCUGUCCGGCCUCGCAGGUCCAGCCUCCCCUCCGUCCCCAUGGCAGCUGCCGGAGCCACCACCACCACCACCACCACCACCAUCUCCUUGCUAG